AUGCUGGUCCAACGCUUGCCCUCGGCCCAACAGGAAGAAUUCCGGGAGACCUUCCAACUGAUCGACGCCUCGGGCGACGGCCUCAUUUCGCUACUCGAACUCAAGCGCGUCAUGAAUUCCAUUGGCGAAACCAAAUCGGACACGGAAUUGUUGGCCAUGAUUGAGAACAGCGCGGAUCCGGAACUCGCGGGCCGCGACGAAAUGAAUCUGCAAGACUUUAUGGGAAUCAUGGCCGAAGCGGAAUUCUAUCACCUCUUUCGGGACAUCUUUUCGUCACUGGAUACCAACGAUUCCGGUUUCGUCAAGGCACGCGAACUCGAUCAGGUCCUCAGCGGCGUGCGGGAUCUGAUCAGCGACGAUCAUCGGUCCAUCAUUGACGUGGAGGAUAAGGACAUGCUGAUUGAUUACGAACAGUUUUCGAGAAUGUUGCUGGGAACGACUCUGGUAUAAUACCGUUAACGGAAUCUCCCGACACACACACAAACGUAUAGACGCACACACACAUGCAUACACUUGGGCCAUAUGCGGAUACGCAUGGUGAGUCGUUUUCGUGCCCAAUCGGAGGUGUACGCGUACGACCGAGAAAAAAGGUGUGUAUCCAAAUCGAAGGUAGGGUACACAGCCUAAGACGCCAUUGCAUAUUCUAGUGGAGACGCUUUUUCAAA